UGUAAAGAGAAGGAUGUAGGCUAGGUAACGGUGGUGAAGGGGUGUAUCGUGUCAUUUUGGGGUUCCUUGUCUCCAGGGGUAACGCAGCAGAAUGUGUGACAUCACAGCGUUCUUGUUUAUAACCUAACCCCUGCUCAGUUCACAUACAGACACAUCCUGACUCUACAGGAUAAAGAAGAGAUCUUAGACGAACCAAGAAAACAGCAUUAAAGGAUCCUAAAGACUACUUUAAAACAACUUUUAGGAAACAGUAACCGGUUGGAUUACUACUCGAAGAGACAAAUAGUUUUUCCUACGGAUUCCACUCAGUAGUAUUAUUAUUAUCUACUCUCCUGAAGAACAAUAUCAUUUAUUAUUUUAUCCUUUUUUUACUUUUUUAAACUUUUACUUCUCAAACAAAGAUGGCUGCUUCAUCUUCUUCUUCCACCCGUACCCUUCUCCUCCUCAUCCUCCUCUCCUCUCUGUCACUGAGUGUGGAGUCUCGACUCUCGUCCCAACCCUCGCCCCGACCAUCACCUCGGAAACACGACACACAGGUACUAGAUAAUCUCUUCAGCGCUCAGCUCCGCUCUCUGAUCCUCCACCAACCAGACAUCACCUCUGAAGGUUCCACUUCUGGCCCCUCCCAUUCCUACCAUCCUCCCUCCCAGGGAUUGGCUGGUCGCGGCAUGGGGGCGGGUCCUGUGGUCCCCAGGUUGUUCCUAGACUUUCUGCGCCAACAGAGGAUGUUCCGUGGGCGAAGCAGGAAGAGCGCCACCGCCAGGGGAUGCUUCGGCAUGAAGGUGGACCGCAUCGGAUCUGUCAGCGGUCUGGGAUGCUGAUUGGACAACCGCCAGUGGCCUUGUGUUCUGAUUGGCUACCUUUCACCCCACUACUUCCUGGGUGUGUCAGAGACCGAGGGAAGGCUGGGAGAUCUCUAACUGACAGACAGACGGAUGUAACAUUCCCACCCCUUGAUAUCUAACCGCUGAACUAUGAACUGUGAUCCUGUGUGACUGUAGAGGUCAUCUCCCAAAACCCCAAGUGACCUAUAGGUGUUCUGAGGCUUCCAUGUGAGAGCUGAUACUAAUGACCUUUGACCUCUAACCACUGGCUCUGUUACAGCCAGUACAACUAACCUAUGGGGUGUGUGAUUGUGUAUGUGUGUGUAUGUAUAUAAUGCGGGUGUAUAAUGUUUGUCAUUCCAUUGUAUCCAUGUAUAACCUGACAGGCCUUCUGUUGUGUAAACUUGCAAGUGAAACUGAGACCAACAUGUGUCAAACAUGUUUACAUCUUCCCAGUAACACGCUACCAGUAACACGCUACCUGUAACACGCUACCAGUAACACGCUACCAGUAACACGCUACCAGUAACGCGCUACCUGUAACACGCUACCAGUAACACGCUACCAGUAACACGCUACCAGUAACACGCUACCAGUAACACGCUACCAGUAACACGCUACCAGGACCUGCUGUGUGUUCUACUGUCUGUUCUCUGUAACAUGUUAACUGUGUAUUAGUCUGAUAUGGUUUACAUAUAUCACUGUCAGUGGAUCAGGACUGGGCUCAAAUCAGACUUCAAUACAGUGAAUUAUUUAAUGAAUCCAUCAUUCUGGUACUGAAAGCUGAAUUGGCCCCAACCCUGAGUCCAUAUGGAUGAAGAGAAGUGUUUAUAUCUACAUGCUGGAAGUCAAAGAACUUGUA